AUGACUACAAAUGAAAAUGAAGAAAAAUUAAAAGAAGAUUAUGAGGAUAUAAAAUAUGAAAAACCUGAUACUCAUAAAAACUUUUGGAAAUCUUUUGGCUUAGAUAGUAAAGCAGGAAAAUUACUUUAUUAUUUAUAUGGGGACAAUAAUAAAAUUAACCCUAAUUUAAUAACUUCUAAAAAAUACAUUAAAAAAAAAAAAGAAGACGAAAAAGAAGAAAUAAUAAAAUCAUUUAGAAAGCCUCAAAUUAAUUAUCCUUCCUUUAAAAAGAAAAUAGAAAAAGAAUAUCCUAUCGAUAAAAUCCCACAUAAAAAGCCUUUAUCUAAAAUUUUAAAAGAAACAAAAAAUUAUGAAUCCAUAAAAGAGCUUCCUACAUAUAUAGGAGUGAAUAGAGAUGAAGAAAAAAAAAAAUUGAAUGACAUUUUUCUUGAACAGAAAUGUAAAGUUUUACCGCCAAGUUGUGCACCAUUAGUUUUAACAGAAGAAGAAAAAAAAGAAAUAAUUAAAAAUGCAGAAAAAAGGUAUUUAGAUUUGAAUGGGUCUAGUAGCAAAGAAGAUAAAAUUAUAGAUUCUCUAAAAAAUUAUAUAACUGAAUUAAGAGUAGAAUUAAAUAAAAAGAUAAAAGAAUUUAAAAGUAUUAUGUGUGAGGACAAUACAAGUAAUGAUGAAGUGGAAGCAAAUACAAGGGCAUUACAUCAAUUAGAAUAUAAAAAAAUAAAACUUAAAAAUGAAAUAGAGCAAUGUAAAAAAAAUAUAAAAAAAACAAAUGAUAUUUUAAAUUCCUUAAACUGA